AUGUCAGAGUUUCAACUCAAGGCCGGAUUGGCCCAGAUGCUCAAAGGUGGAGUAAUCAUGGAUGUUGUAAAUGUGGAACAAGCCCAAAUCGCCGAAAGGGCCGGUGCAUGUGCAGUGAUGGCAUUGGAGAGAAUCCCAGCUGAUAUGAGAAAUUCGGGCCAGGUGUGUAGAAUGUCCGAUCCACACAUGAUUAAAAGUAUCAUGGAGGCAGUAUCCAUUCCUGUCAUGGCCAAGUGCAGAAUUGGCCAUAUCGUCGAGGCUCAAGUUCUCCAACAGUUGGGCGUGGAUUACAUUGACGAGUCUGAGGUGCUCACUCCAGCAGACAUGAAGGCACAUAUUCCCAAGAGCUCGUACAAAGUUCCAUUUGUCUGUGGAGCUAAAGACUUGGGUGAAGCAUUGAGAAGAAUCAAUGAGGGUGCAGCCAUGUUGCGCACUAAAGGUGAAGCUGGCACUGGAGACAUCUCUGAAGCCAUUAAACACAUUCGAAUUGUCACCGAGCAAAUCAGACACGUUUGCUCAUUGGCAGGUCAGAAUGACGAGCUCGACAAGUUGGCUGCAGAAUAUAGGGUUCCUCGUCGUCUUUUGGACCAGUUGGUGGAAUCGAAGGGAAAACUUCCAGUUGUGAAUUUCGCAGCCGGAGGAGUGGCUACCCCAAGUGACGCAGCAAUGUGCAUGCAGUUGGGAUGUGAUGGAGUGUUUGUCGGGCUGGGUAUCUUCAAGUCGAAAAACCCAGAAAAAUUGGCGAAGGCCAUUGUAGAUGCCGUCACCCACUACGAUGACCCACAAAAGAUAUUGGAGUGUUCUACGGAUUUGGGAGAGUUGAUGUUUGGUGUAAGUAUCGAUUCGAUUGCUCCUGAGAAGAGGCUCGCAGGUCGUUAG